UGGCAUGUUCUGUGGUUGUUGUCUUCUUUUAUUAUUAAUAUUUUUUUUCAAACGUUGUAACCAGUUGUUUGAUUCUGGGCUUCAGGAAUUAAAACCGGGUUUUGGGAUUGACUGAAAUGAAACCUAUUAAAUGUUUUGGUUGAAAUAUUGGUGAUCUUAUUUUUAUUUAUUUCUCUUUAUAUACGCAUAUAUAAAUGCUUGGAUACCAGUGAGAGAAAAUAAACAAACAGCCAAUACGCAAGUUUCUUCCCCUUCCUGCUAAAUUCUAAAUUUUCACAGACGUGUUAAAGUGAGCAUUGCGAUGUCUCAGAAGAGGCUUGAAGGCAAGGUGGCAAUUAUAACAGGUGGCGCCAGUGGGAUUGGAGCAAGUGCUGUGCAUGUUUUCCAUGAAAAUGGUGCCAAGGUGGUCAUUGCUGAUAUCCAAGAUUGCAAAGGCCAAGCCCUCGCCAACCAGCUUGGCGAAAAUGUUGCCUUCAUCCAUUGUGAUGUCUCAAAUGAAGAUGACAUCUGCAAUCUUAUCGACAUCACCAUCUCCAAACAUGGAAAACUGGACAUUAUGUACAACAAUGCAGGCAUCAUGGACCGCCCAACAAGCGGAGGGAUUUUGGAUGCUAAAAAAUCAGACCUGGAAAAGAUGUUUCAAGUCAACACCAUCGGUGCUUUCCUUGGAGCCAAACAUGCAGCAAGGGUUAUGAUACCCCAACGUAAAGGUUGCAUUCUCUUCACUGCCAGUGCUUGCACUUCGAUUGCAGGGCUUGCAUCUCACACCUACGCAGCAACAAAGUAUGGGAUUCUGGGGCUGGCUAAGAACUUGACGCCUGAUUUGGGGCAAUACGGCAUAAGAGUAAAUUGUAUCUCGCCUUAUGGAGUGGUAACUGGUUUGCCAGGGAUUACUGAAGAACAGAGAUCCAUUGUGGAAUUGAAACUCAGCAACAUGGGCAAUCUAAAGGGUGAAAUUCUUAAGCCAGAAUGUGUAGCCAAGGCUGCACUAUACCUGGCUAGUGAAGAAGCAAAUUAUGUGAGUGGAGUCAAUCUCCUGGUAGAUGGAGGGUACAGUGCUGUGAAUCCAACCAUGUUCAAGUUUGCUAACCUUGUUAAUUGAUUACCAACCAAGCAAUCAAGGCAUUGGCCCUUGCCAAAGUUUUUUUCUUUUCAUGUGAUGCAAAAUGUCAGACUUUUUCUAGUCAUAUACAUCAAUAUAAUAAAUAAAUAAAUAAAUUUGUUGGGAUAUUCAUGUAGUUGUUUGAUGUGCUUAUAUAUAAUAAAUACAAUAAGAAAUCAAUUUCUAA